UUUAUCUGCCUCUCUUGAGCCAGAAAGCCUUGGGCUUGGCAGUGCCAAUAGCAGCCAAGACUCUCUUCACAAAGCCCCCAAGAAAAAAGGAAUCAAGUCUUCAAUAGGACGUUUGUUUGGUAAAAAAGAGAAAGCUCGACUUGGACAGCUCCGAGGCUUUAUGGAGACUGAAGCGGCAGCUCAGGAAUCUCUGGGGUUAGGCAAACUUGGAACUCAAGCUGAAAAGGAUAGAAGACUGAAGAAAAAGCAUGACCUUCUUGAAGAAGCUCGGAGAAAAGGAUUACCCUUUGCUCAGUGGGAUGGACCCACUGUGGUUGCUUGGCUAGAGCUCUGGUUGGGAAUGCCUGCUUGGUAUGUGGCCGCUUGCCGAGCCAAUGUGAAAAGUGGUGCCAUCAUGUCAGCUUUAUCCGACACGGAAAUCCAAAGGGAAAUUGGAAUCAGUAAUCCUCUACAUCGCUUAAAGCUCCGGUUAGCUAUCCAGGAGAUGGUUUCUCUAACAAGUCCUUCAGCUCCUCCAACAUCACGAACU